AACCAGCUGCCGCAGCCUGGGGCGAGGUAGAAGCACUUCCUGUGCCAAGUUUCCGGCUCCGGGUCCCGGGGGGAAGACCGCCCGGCCAUAGGCGGAGCCAGCGCUCCACCGCGGCUUUCAGACUCGGACCCCAUGGCUUCGUGCCGGUGGCCCUGGCGGCGCUGCUGCUCCUGGAGGCCGGCUGCCCGGAGCCCCGGCCCCGGCUCCCUGGGCCCCAGGGGGCCCCCCGGGCCGCCCGCCGCUGCCGACGACGGCGUGCAGAUGUCCUACUUUAAUCUUGUGAAGAGUUUAACAUCUGCUUUUUCAAAUAGGUAUAGUAUGUCACGGUUCCAUCACACAACGUCAGCAGCGUGCUGUUGUAGUAAAACACGGAGUGGUGAGAAAUACAUCGAUCCUUUCAAACUCGGUUGGAGAGACUUGAAAGAUCUGUAUGAAGACAUUAGAAAGGAACUAGUCAUAUCUACAACUGAACUUAAGGAAAUGUCUGAAUACUACUUCGAUGGUAAAGGAAAAGCCUUUCGACCAAUUAUUGUGGUGCUAAUGGCCCGGGCGUGUAAUAUCCAUCAUAAUAACUCCCGAGACGUGCAAGCAGACCAGCGCUCCAUAGCCUUAAUUGCAGAAAUGAUCCACACUGCUAGUCUGGUACACGACGAUGUCAUUGACGAUGCAAGUUCUCGGAGAGGAAAACACACAGUUAAUAAGAUCUGGGGUGAAAAGAAGGCUGUUCUCGCUGGUGAUCUAAUUCUUUCUGCAGCAUCUAUAGCUCUGGCACGGAUCGGAAAUACAACUGUCAUAUCUAUUUUAACCCAAGUUAUUGAAGAUUUGGUGCGUGGCGAGUUUCUUCAGCUAGGGUCAAAAGAAAAUGAGAACGAGAGAUUCGCACACUACCUUGAAAAGACCUUCAAGAAGACUGCCAGUCUGAUAGCCAACAGUUGUAAAGCAGUCUCUGUCCUCGGAUGCCCUGAUCCAGCGGUGCAUGAGAUUGCCUAUCAAUACGGGAAAAACGUGGGAAUAGCCUUUCAGCUAAUAGACGACGUGUUGGACUUCACCUCGUGUUCUGACCGGAUGGGCAAACCAACGUCGGCAGAUCUGAAGCUUGGGUUAGCCACCGGCCCUGUCCUGUUCGCUUGCCAACAGUAAAAGGAAUCAGAGAAGCCACCCAAGCAGCACAUUUUACCGUAUUUGUUGGUGUUGCAGGAAAAGCUCAUAUACCAUAAACAAGGUAAUUUACCAGAUGCCCAGGACAAUAUCAUUGUCAGCUUUGGGGGCAUAGCCUUCCAGAAAUCAGUUUUAGAGUGUGGUAUUAAGACAAAUGCCUAUUUAAUUUUGCUUUUUACCACUAAAGUUGACUGAUUUGAGCUUUCCUGAUUUUGUUUCGUGUAAAAUUUAUUCUUUUAAAAGGUCACUAACUAAAACAAAUUACUGGUUUUAAGUGCUAACUAGUUGCUGGCCUUUACAUUUUCUAAGCAUGUGAGCAACCUCUACGUGUUUAGAACCUUGUUCUGACACAUACUUGACUCUGAAAGGAACAUUCUUAAUUCUUCCUCUGUCAUCAUCCGGUUGAGGUUUUUCUAUGUGUGCCCUAUUUUUUCUUCUAGGAUUACUAAUACCGUGGUGGUGGUUACAGGACAACAACUUCAGGCUCACUGCCAGGGAAAAACUGGCAACUGCUGUAAGCACUGAUGUGUCCAAAACUAAAUAUAUCUUCCCUCUUAUUUCAUGGAACCAGAAGCUGUUAGAGCUAAUGGAUUUUAGCUCCCAUAGUUGAACUCCCUCGGGACACUGAGGAGGAGGCCAGGACACACAGGUUGAAGCCCACUCAGCUAUGUCGGCACCAGAACUAGAGCUUCCCAUCUAGAAAAUGCAGUGACUCAGAGCCCUAACUUCCUGAUUUUGUUAAUGGUGGUAAUUCUCCUGAAUUAUUGCUAAGUAAUACAGAAUAUAGAUUUUUAUCUUCAAUGUAUGCAUUUUCUUUUUUUCUCUUAGUGCCACAGUUUAACUUUGGUCUUCUUUAUAAUCAACUACAGCAACCUGUCUCUACCUGUCUCCUGUAACUCAGUGGUUCUCAACCUUGGCUGCACAUUAAAAACACCUGGCGAACUUUUCAAAUCCUGAUGCCCAGGACAGACCCCCACCCAAUACAAUCACAGUCUUUGGGAGCAGAUCCAAGCAGCCAUAAACUUCCCACGUGACUCCAGGGCGCAGUCAACGUUGAGCAUCCGUUGCUCUGUUCCACUCGAGCUGCUAAGGCAGGGCUCUGCUCAGAUCCUUCGUUGGCUUUCGGUGUCACUCAGUUUAGCACUAAAAGUAGAAUGCCUAAUUCCCAGCCUCAUCCUAAGCGAGUGUUUUUCAAAAUGUUAGCAGAGACCAGCAAAACCCACAUCAUCUGGAACCUGUUAGAAAUGCGUGCCUGGGUCCCAACCCUAUUGAGUGGCAAACUUUGAGGGAGUGGUCCAACAGGCCUCUGAUGAUUAUGGUUCAAUCUAAAGUUUGAGGACCAGAAGAGCAGCCAAUAAGGAGAUGUUAGGGAUGUACUUUGUUCCCUCACUCUCUUUUACUCAGUGUUGGGCCCAAGGAUAGAAUAGAAAGAACCCCAGAAUGAACAAACAUCAACAGCUGCCUCUCCUGAGCAUCAGCCAGUCCCUGGGCUUGGAAAUGGGUGUCUCUCUUAGAUCUGCUGCUUUAAUUGCUACAAUUUACUGGGCCCCCCAUCCAACAUCAUCUAAACAUGUAACCACCUUUUUGUUUUUUCCUGUUGUUACAAACUUAAGUGGUAGAACAUUUGAUUCUCACAAGAGCAGUAAAUAGAUUUUCUUUCUUUAU